GGAUCCCUGUCCGGAUUCUGUGAGUCUUUCGAUUGAGUCAAUAGGUUUGUCAGUCAGGGGUUAGAAUCUACGUGGUGAGGUUUGGAACCGUCAAUUCGGUUGUGCACUGAUCACCAUGGUUGAGACCCGUAGCGGGACGAGUACUAGCCCCUACACCCAGGAGCAACAGGAGAAGAUGGCCGCCUUAGUGAGAGAAAACAAGGAGAGGAAAGAGCUCCUGAAGCAGGCGAAGCUGAAGGCAAUUGCAGAAGAGCAGGCGGCGAAGAUGAAGAAAUUGGAGGAGGAAAUGAAUGAGUGGAUAGCUAAUUUAUCGUUGGGGGAAGAUGAGGAGGCAAAGUCUUAUGUGCCCCAGGAUGAGAGGGAUGCGUUGGCCAGUGAGCUAGCGACAAUGGAGGACCCUCUGGAACGGCGAGAACGAGAAGAAGAGAAGUUGGAGUGGAAACUGAGAAUGAAGAGGGAGAAGAAGAGGAGGAGGGACGAAGUUAAUAGGCUGACCGAGGAGGUGGCAAAAAUGAGAGAUUGCAGACAGGAAGUGCAGGCGCAGACAGACAUGUCUGCCAAUAUGGAUAAAGUGCUGGGUUAUCUGGAAGUGUUGAGUGCGGCCUGGGUUGGAGGAGCGCCAAGCCAAUAGGGGUCAGGAUGUGGCCCUGAGUGUCAUGCGGUCAGGGUUUAGAGAUGGUCACCCACGUUGGAGGCGAAGUUAGGCGACUGAGGGACAGCAUGGGGAAAUUCUGCGAGGGCGCCAUCGAGGACGCCAAAGCAAUAACCGCUGUAGAGGUUGAAGCCAGGCCCCGUAAAGAGCCUGUCAAACUUAAAUUCCCAGAUGCAUACGGGGGAAAGAAGGAGGAGAAUUUUGAUAACUGGGAGGCAAGCGUCAAUAGCUACGUGUACCUACAACACAUCUUGACUGAGGAGCAAGUCCUCGUCGCCUUCCAUGCCCUUAAGGAUGAAGCGGCUAGUUUUGCCAGGUCCUUAGCGCGCACAGCCGGUUGUGAAAACAACCUGGUUGCAUAUUCCAAGGUUACCCCUCUCCCUCACUUCUUCAAGCUCCUGAGGAAGUGAUUUGCUGACCCAACGAGAGGCGUUAGAGCCUCUGACAAGC